AUGGGUCGCUUUCUUACUCUUGUGCUGUUGGCGCGGACUGCUGUCGCGCAGGUAGGUGAUCCGCUGAAAUAUGUUAAUCAGCUAAUUGGGACCACCAAUGGAGGCAAUGUCUUCGCAGGCGCGACUUUGCCAUAUGGACUGGCCAAGGCGGUUGCUGAUACGAACAGCGGGUCGAAUCAGGGUGGGUUCACGACGGAUGGAGCGAGCAUAACGGGUUUCUCGAGCAUGCAUGAUUCUGGCACUGGAGGCAACCCUUCGCUUGGUCUGUUCCCUCUCUUCCCCUACGCAUCUUGCGCGAACGACAAUAUCAAUGGCUGCAAGUUGCCAAAGAUCGCUCGCGCUACACCCUUUGUCAACGACUCAGUCCAGGCCGCUCCCGGAUACUUCAGCCUGCAGCUUGAAGGUGGUAUUCAAGGCGAGAUGACAGCAGCUCAGCAUACUUCCCUCUUUCGCUUCACAUUCCCUGAGGGCGGCAGUCCCGCGAUCAUCUUGGAUCUAUCAGACCUGUCGGAUUCGAGACAAGACAAUGCUAGCAUCUCUGUCGACGACAAUGGACGCAUGACUGGCGGCGCAAAAUUCCAGCCAUCCUUCGCUCAAGGGAACUACGUGGCAUAUUUUUGCGCGGACUUUCAAGGCUCGAUCAAGGAAAGUGGCAUCUACGUGAACAGUCGAGGAAGCGCGGACGUGAAGGACUUGAAGAUCUCAAGGAGUAUCAAUGGGUACCCACUACCAGGUGGCGGUUUCGUGCGCUUCACGGACUCUAGCCCGGUGCUGGUAAGAGUUGGCUUGAGCUAUAUCAGCAGCGAGCAAGCAUGCCAGCUUGCAGAGGAUGAGAUCCCAGACUUCGACUUUAAGAAAACAAGGACUACCGCGACAGAUAUCUGGAGACGUAAGAUGAGCCCGAUCGAUGUGUCCACCAAUGGCAUCGAUAACAGCGUUCUUACGAACUUUUACUCCGGCAUCUACAGAACGAUGGUAAACCCACAGAACUAUACUGGAGUCAAUCCGGUCGUCUCGGCGGAUACGAUCUACUUCGAUAGCUACUAUUGCAUAUGGGAUCUGUUCCGCUCGCAGAUGCCCUUCCUCACGAUCUUCGACACACCAGCCCUGGUCGAGAUGAUUCAAGGUCUUUUGACACUGUACCAGGUGCAAGGCUGGCUUCCAGAUUGCCACAUGUCGUUGAACAAAGGCUACACCCAAGGUGGCAGCAACGCCGACGUUGUGAUGGCAGAUGCAUACGUCAAGCUGAACAAGACCGCCGAGAUCGACUGGGACUUGGUGUAUGAGGCAGUGGUCAAGGAUGCUGAGGAAGAGCCUUAUGACUGGUGUUGCCAAGGUCGAGGAGGCCUUGACAGCUGGAAGCGUCUUGGCUACAUCCCGGUGCAGGACUUCGACUACAAGGGCUUCGGAACCAUGACACGAUCCGUCUCGAGAACUCUGGAGUACAGCUACAACGACUUCUGUAUAUCAGAGAUCGCCCGAGGUCGCGGCAACCUGGGUGAUGCGGAGAAGUAUGAAAAGUCCAGCGAAAACUGGCAGAACCUCUUCAAAGCCGAUCAGACUUCCAACUUAAUCAACACCACGCAAGAUACUGGCUUCGUCGGCUUCUUCCAACCCAAAUACCUCAACCAGACCUGGGGCUUCCAGGAUCCACUCUACUGCUCCAACCUUGACAGUGGAGGAUCAUGCUCUCUCCAGAACACCGCCGGCGAGACUUUCGAGAGCUCGAUCUGGGAGUACUCCUACUACGUCCCGCACGAUCAAGCUCUCCUGAUCAGCACCCUCGGCGGUCCCGAAACUUUCGUCCGUCGUCUCGACUACCUGCACGACCGCAACAUCACCUACAUCGGCAACGAGCCCGCCUUCCUCACCGUCUUCCAAUACCACUAUGCCGCCCGCCCCGCCCUCUCCGCAAAGCGCGCUCACUUCUACGUCCCCGCCUACUUCUCCCCAACAAACGGCGGCCUCCCCGGAAACGACGACUCCGGCACAAUGGGCGCCUUCCUCGCAUUCACCAUGAUGGGUUUGAACCCAGUCCCGGGCCAAGACGUAUACCUAAUCACGCCGCCUUUCUUCGAGAGCGUCAACAUCACAAGUCCCGUGAGCGGUAAGGUUGCAACGAUUAGGAAUGAAGGCUUCGAUCCGAGUUAUGAGGCGAUUUACAUCCAGCGGGCUACGUUGAAUGGGGUGCCGUGGACGAGGAAUUGGAUUGAUCACAGUUUCUUCCUGCAUGGGAUGGAGUUGGUGUUGUAUUUGGGCAGGAAGGAGAGUAUGUGGGGGAGACGGACGGAGGAUUUGCCGCCGAGUUUGAGUGAGUAUGAGUUCUAG